AUGCUCACUCAUUCACCAAGAGAUCGUUCCCGGUCACCUCAUAGUUCUGAUGGAACUUCAUCAGUGAAACAAACGCAUCAAUCAAAUCAAAAUGAUUCAUCUAGUCAAAUCGAAUCAACUGAUAAUAGUAAAGACAAAAAAGAAAAUGAUUCUCAACAACAUAUGAAAAAUCUUAAAUCAUUUAUUCAAACACUAUUGAAUGAAUCAACAUCGACUAUCGAUUCAACAUAUGAUGAACAAAUGAAAAUACUUGAAAGUGCUUGUAUCGAAGAAUAUCGUGAUCUAUCUACUGAUCGUAUUCGACGCAUGAUUCGUAGUGCAUUAAAAUUACGUAAAACUCAGCCAUCAUCUUCAACUGCAACUUCACAUACAACAACUAGUCCAUUCUUGCAUAAGGAUCAUACAAAAACGUUAUCCACGACAAAUGAACGUUUCAAUUCCACUGAGAAUACUAGCAAAAAAAGUCGUCCCAGUUCAGUAUCAAAUAAUUCAACGACAAAAACAGCUGAUUUGGCUUCAUCAUCGCCAUCAGCAUUAUCAGCACUUGAUGCUGAUUUUCUUCGUCAUGCUUUUUCACAACAAUUUCGACCAUCACUCGAUCUAUCGGCAUAUUUCUCAGACGCUUUUGUUGCUCCUUCAAAUGGUACUAGUGCACCAUCAUCUCUCUUCUGUCCGAAUUUUUCUCCGUCAACUUUUCUUCAAUCAUUGACAAAUACAACAUCACUGACUCCGUCUAUACCACUACCACCGCCUCCACCCACCUUCAUUUCGUCUCAUGCACAUACGAAUGGAACAAGUGAUUCAUCGCCUGUUAAAUCGUCAAAACAAAUGAAACUCUCUAGUACAGAAGCGACUUCAAUUAAAGUUCUCGUAAAUGCUUACCGUGAAGCCGCUUCAUAUUUAACUCGAUCAGCUGAUGAACUUGAACAAUUAAUGUAA